AGGCCAUAUUGUAUUGUGACAUAGCAAAAGCCAACAAACCCCUUGACAAAAGAAUCUCCCUUUUCCCUUUUCUUUGUGGCCUAGAGAGCAACGACUCUUUCCUUCAAAAACUGCCAAUAUGUUAAGCACCCCCACUCUUGAAAUCCUCGCUCUUGACCCCCUUUCUCUCUAAUAUAUUCCUUUCCUUUUUUGUUGAGAGAAAGGGAGAAGGAAGGAGAGAGAUGGAGGAAGAGAAUUACAAGAAGCAGGCUGAAGAGUGGCAAUAUCAAAGCAUGCCGAUGAAGUCUCCAGAAAUAGUGGAGAUUGGAGAGGAUAGCAAGAGUUUUACAAGCAGCAGAGAGGGAGGCUUUAAGGAUGUGUAUGUGGCAGUUGGCAGGGAUGACUUGGAUGUUCUGAAAUGGGCUUUAGAUCACUCUGUUUCUCCCCAAGCUCGGAUUUUCCUUGUUCAUGUCUUCCCUCCCCAAACAUACAUCUCUACACCUGUUGGAAGACUGUCUAGAAGCCAAUUGAGCAAAGAACAGCUGAAAGUUUAUAUCAAUGAGGAGAAUAACAGGAGGCGAAACCUCUUGCAGAAAUACAUUCGAUUGUGUACUGAUGCCAAGGUGACUGUGGACACAAUGCUUCUAGAGAGCAACACGACAACCAAAGCAAUUCUUGAUCUUAUUCCAGUCCUAAACAUUACCAACCUUGUUAUAGGAACCAAAAGGCCGCCUUGCCCAAGGCGAUCCUGGAAAAAACUGGGAACGGGAGAGUUCAUCCAGAAGAAUGCACCUGAAUUUUGUGAGGUCACCAUUGUUUUUGAUGGCAAGAAGGUUCUGGACGGUGAGCAGGUAGGAGAGCUGGUUCAUUCAUCUCCAGCAUCCAGUCACCGUAAACCAGAAACUACUCGAAACUCUGAAAGGAAUUUCUUUGAGUGUGCUUGCUUUUCAGGCAAGUUCAACUGAAAAUUGUUACUUGAAAAUGCAUAUCUUGAUGUUGUAAAAAACACAGUUCAAAAGAAUAAUACAGUUUACAGAAGCAACAACA